AAUAUUCUAUAUUCCCACAGGUUUGGAACCAUGAUUUCUUUUGGGAAUCCAUGCAACCAAGAGGUGGUGACAUGCCCACAUUGGGCUUACUUCAGCAGAUUGAAAAGGAUUUUGGUUCAUUUACCAAUUUCAAGGAGAAGUUUACAGAGGCAGCUCUCACAUUCUUUGGUUCGGGCUGGGUUUGGUUGGUCUUGAAGAGGGAGGCAAAAUGUCUUGCAAUUAUCAAAACAUCAAAUUCCAUCAACCCUUUAGUGUGGAAUGACAUCCCAAUCACGAGUUUGGAUAUGUGGGAGCACGCUUAUUAUUUGGACUACAGGAAUGACAAGGCCAAAUAUGUUAACACGUUUAUGAAUCACCUGGUAUCUUGGAAUGCAGCUGCUGUUCGUAUGGUUCGUGCACAAGCCUUCGUGAAUUUAGGCGAACCUAAGAUCCCAGUUGCUUGAAAUUUUUUAUCUCCUUUUACUGUCCCAGAGACCUGACCCCGCUGUGUAUAAUUGGAUAACAUGAAACUGUUAAAUCUUCCUUGCCUGCUAUUGUGCUAGAAUGAUCAGAUUUUUGCAAUUUUUUUUA